AGAAAAUAAAGGUGUCGGGGGGGGGUAUGUUUUUUCUAUUGAGGUUAUGGCUACAGUUUUUAUGAACAAGGUAGUCUCUAACAUAUUCGUUAUAGCUUGUUUUUCGGAUUUCUCCGUUUUAUGGAGAAUAUAUCCACUUUGAGCUGCAUAGCGUUUUCGUAGGUAUCCUCCAAGCAAUCAAUAAAGGGGAGAUAAUGGGGAAACGUGCUUAAAUGUCUACUUUUUCACCUACCAGCGGGAAAUAAUGCGGAUUUACCCUUUAUGUCGCUCUGCGUUUUGGAUGUCGCUGGAUUGUCUAAUCGCCUAAAUACACACCGAAUUGUCAACCUUUCGAUUAAAUACACGCAGAUUUAUCUAAUUUCGCUUCAAUUUUUAACACACGUUUGGCCUAACCCCAAAGAUCUGUGUUUGCUUUCAUCUCCAUAGCGAACCACACGACAACUCCAAUCGAUAUCAAAAAUGGUACAUGUUGAAAGAAAUUUAUUGGAAAGAAAAAAUGCCAGAUUGUACAACAUUAUGAAUAGUCAACAGAUGCUAGAGCGUCAAUCGUUAUGUAUUUUAAUUGUAAUUGCCAAGUCUUAUUGUGAUUUGAAAAGAUCUACAAAAGAAAGAACAGGUUGUGUGUUAUUUAUUAGGCACAUAUACUUAAUUAUAAGUGUGCAAAAGACCUAUAUGACUGGGCAAUCCCUGCCCUUCCUACGUAUUUGUGUUCUUGGUAGUCCAUAAGUGCAACAGUAUGCUCAAAUGUAUUCUCGCACUUAAUCACAAUGUAGUGUGGUCUAUCAGGAUGCAUGUGAAUUGUAGCUGGUAUCCAGUGUCUGCUGGUGUAAAGUUCACCGGUAGUUGUGGUCACUAUGGAAUAAUCGGAAGGUCACCCCCCCAUAAAUCGAGGUCUAGCAUCCCCGUGUUGAGUUGUAAUAUAUUGCGACUGUAUAGCCUCAAGUUCCUUAGACUUUCUUUGACAUCAUUAGCUGUGUCAUCGUGGUCUGGGUUUUCUUGAGCUCGUUAAGCAGUUAUGCUUCACGGUUUGUCCGGCAGUAUUCUCACGUCACUCGAACUUGAGCGAAUGACUGGGUAAUAAAACGUCCCCCACAUCAUCGGCACUGGUAAACGUUAUACGGAGCCUUGGUUGGUUCACGUGUUUGGAAUUCUUGCUUCAUAUUAACUGUUAAUCCAAGGUUUUCAUUUAAGAUCGUAACAAAGAGAACAUUUUUGAACGUAAAAUGUCGCAUAUUCCGUCAAUAGAUUAUUUCAACAAUGCUAUUUGGAAUAUUCAACCAGUCUUUGAUAAACCAUCUUCACAAGAUCCCUCUACAUCACACUCUGAGACUUUCGUAGUUGUCCCGCAGAGCCAGCUAGAUUCUUCUAUCCGACUGAUAAAUUCUGAAUUCGAGAUAAUGGGUUAUUCAAAGGUUUUAAGGGUGGAAAAUGGAGAAAUUCAAAUCACUAUGAAUAGUUUUAUUGAUGAUGUGUUAAAGUUGAUUACAUCCUAUCGUAAAAGUUUAAAUAGUCGUGAAGAAAUUGAAUUAAAUUUUCAUCGUGUACGGUCAGAUUUAACUCAAGUACAAAAACUUUAUCGAAGAUGUCAGCAAAAUUUGGAAGAAACACAAAGAUCAAAUGAAUUAAUCAAAGAAAGGGAAAAACAAGCUUUAAAUGAUAAAAAGUUACUUAAUGAUCGUUUGAAAUCUACAUGUAAUGAACUUCGUAAACUUCAGUCAAAUUUCCAACGACAUGAAAUCCAAUUUCUACACGAACGUCGUAAGCUGGAGAAAGAAGCAACGGAUCUUCGGAAACGCUUAACAUUUUUAAUUGACAAAGCCACUCCUAACUGGAACAAAGGACAGAAAACAAAUAAACCGUCUUGUUCUCCAACGGGUUUAUCAAUGUCACAGUGGUUUUUAUCGUCAGAAGUUGAUAAAAAGCCUGAAAUAACAAAUGGGGAACCAUCCAGUUCCCGGAGAUUUGGAAGUACAAUUCGAACUAGUUCUGGUUUAGGUAGUGCCAAAUUUGAGUCAGUUACCUCAGUCAAUAACUUCGAUUCUCACAUCAAAGAUGAUUUGGGUGUUCAAACCUCCAGGGCUGAUUUAUCAUCAUUAAUAGUUCAACAACUGGAAAGUCGCCAAAAUGACUUACUUUAUGAGAAUCGUGAACUUCGAGAUCUUGUCAGUCAACUCUCUUUAAGAAUGGUUCGAUUCACUGAUUUUCUCCAACGACAUUGUACUACAUGGGUACAAAAUAAUGAUAAUGUACUUCAUUCCAAUGAAUUCGAUGAUGAAUUCUUUUCACUUGAUGACGAAGAAGACGACGGCGAUGAGUAUUUUAGACGAGAAUCAUCCGACGAAGAUUAUUCAACUAUUGCCAUGUCUAAAGAAAAUGGUAGAAAAUCAGCUCUUGUUAAUAAUCUUUUAAUUGAAUUACCGUAUGCAGUAAUUCGUGAUGAUCUUACCAGACGCGUACGCUAUGUAUCUCGAUGUCUUUGGUGUAAAUUAAAAUGUUUAGCCAAACACUAUACGACAAAAACAAGAGUAACAACAGAGAGAAAUGUAACAGAAAAUGUUGUAAAUUCACAAACUUUUGUAUUAGACCUCCCAACGUCUAUUGAUGGAGAUAAUGAAUAUAAUGAAGUGGAACUAAUAAAAAGUCAAUUAACUGAUGUGAAAUCUUCUUUGGCUGGUUGUAAGUCUUUAUUAAAGGGGAAAGAGUUGAUUAUGGAGGAUAUUUUAUUCUCAAGUUAUAAUUUGGACAAACUGAAAAUUUUGGAUUUAACCAGUUCGAAUCCGGAACUUGGUGGGAAAAAUGAAGUACACUUUGACAAACAUAAUGUUCCUUUAUUAUUGAAGGGAUCCAGUAUUCAAAUUUCAAAGAAAAAUAAAACGGACUGCUCAAAUUCAUCAGAUAAUUCACUUUAUUCUCCAUGUAAUUAAUCUUUGGCUUUUAUUAUCUAACUGGUUUUGACUUGAAGCAAACGGACUGCUCAAAUUCAUCAGAUAAUUCACUUUAUUCUCCAUGUAAUUAAUCUUUGGCUUUUAUUAUCUAACUGGUUUUGACUUGAAGCAAAGGUGCCAGUCACUCCUACUCAUACUGCUUUCACCAAACCUCUCAUUCUAACUCGCGCAGUUAUACCGAGAAAAACAUAUAAUUGUAAUCAAGCAGGAUUGUCCUUUUGACUCAUUACUCAACAUUCAACGGACCAUUACAAUAGAUAAUGGCUACACCAAGCCUAUUCUCUAUUCGCUUCAAACAGUUUCAGAUUCGUACAUAUUUUCUUUUACAGUGUAAAUACAUGCUUCCCUUUUGUACCGUAUAUAAAAUAUGUUUUGGUCUUCAUUAAAAAUAAUGUCCGAUCUUUUUGAGCAGUGCUUUGUAUCACUAUACAUUUAAAAUACAGUUAUAACUAC